AUGAGUGAUGUUGAGGCGGUUUCCCUACCCGCUGUCCUGGAUAUCGACCAGAAUCCCCUCGCUGCGGUGAAGACGGACGCUCCAGGACCUUCAUCCCCUAAGAAGCCUGAGGUCGUUCCAGCUUCACCCUCACAACGGACGAGUAAUGGUGGAAGCAAUGGCUUGGAACCCGUGGAUUCGGAGAUGGCAGAGCAGGAGGAAGAGCUAGAGGGUCCCCCAAGCCCCAAGGCUGAUUCGGAGGCAGAGACGAUCAUCCAGUCAGGACGAGAAUCCUUAUCACCAGAGAAGAAGAGGAAGCACAUUCGACACGACCCUAUUCGUCAGGCUGUCGAUGGUAUCGAUGGAAGCUCGCGCAAAAGGCCGCGCAUCGAUGCCGACCGUGGAAACCGGCCCUCCAGAGAUUCUCGAGGAUCCCGAUCGCCCAGCCCGUCCCAUCGACCUUCUUCGCCCCCCUCGGUCGUGAAAGUUGAAAAAUCGGAUGAUCCUCCCUCUGUAACGAAAGAGGUGUUAACGGAGAGUAAUGCCAAUGAUGUGGAUAGGCCACGGCCAUAUCGAAAACGAAGUUUCAGCGACAGCGUGGAUGAGAAACGAGAGCGCAGGCGCGACUCCCACGCCAGCUCGACCAUCCGCGAACUCAAGAAUAAUGACAGUCUCUUCCCUCGCCCUCGCCCUCGCCCUCGACUUUCUUCUAAUGCUCGUUCCGUCUCUCCAACUCGCUCCUCCCAUCAACGCUCGGCCUCUGGGUCGCAGCUUCCUCCUAAGAAGAAGGCACCUACCCCGUUGACCGGUUUCCAACGUCAAAGUUCAGAAGAUCGACAAUCAACAUCCUCCUCUGCCAGUGGUUCUCCCAUGCCCAGUACUCACCUCCGUCGACUCGGUUCUGGAGUUGGCGCGUCUGCUUCACCUGCGAAACAAAUGGGUCCCAAAAAGUUACGCGAUAAAAGUGGCCGGACACCUCUUGCCAGGGCAUGUGCCGAUCGAAAGUAUGACCAAGUGGUCAUGCGCCACGGUGAACGUCCUGAGGAUUUGAACAUCCCCGACAACGCUGGCAACACCCCUCUUCAAAUCGCAUCCCUGAAUGGAGAAGGCGCAAUCGUCAAGUUCCUGUUGGGCGCUGGCUGCGAAAUUAACACCAAGAAUAUCGACAAAGACACCCCUCUCAUUGACGCCGUGGAAAAUGGUAAUGUUGAAGUCGUGAGACUGCUACUUGAAGCGGGAGCAAACCCCCGCACCGUGAAUGCUUCUGGAGAUGAACCCUACGAAUUAGUCCCACAAGAUCUGGAAAAGGACGAGUACAAUGAGAUCCGAAAAGCACUUGCCGACGCGAAAGCCAACUUACGGCCCAGUCGACGAUCCGAGGAGCAGAUCGGUCCAGACACCAAGGUUUCAUCAAGACGAGCAUCGGUUGCGAGUCCCUCACGAAGUCCCCCACCACUAGGUGGUGCUUCGAAUCGCCGGAAGACUGGACGAAGUGAGAUAACAAGAAAUGAUUUAUUGUGGACCCAGGCGACAUCUGAAAAUCUGAGAGACUUUGCUGCUAAGGGUGACGAAGUGGGAGUUGUCAGUAUCCUGAACAUCCUGCAAAAGGCCGACAACGCAUCUUUGAUUGCUGCUGCAAAGGGUGGUCAUCACGAUGUUCUUUCCCUCAUGUACGCGAUGGGAGAUGCCGAUGCCGACCCUGACCCCCUGCGCGGCCACAAGCCAGGCUAUAAUACUCCCAUGCUCGCAGCGAUCGGAAGAGGCAAGUCUGAUGUUAUCAGUCUAAUUCUUUCUCAACCUGGUUUUAAUCCUACUCGUCGACUUUUCGAAGACCGAUCUUACCACGAGCUUUCCCGGGCCCGGCAAGGUGAGGAUUGGGAGGAAGAGUACGACAUUUUAAAGGCCGCUUAUGAGAAGGCUGGAGGCUCUGAGAAAGAUCGCAAAGAUCUGCCUUCACCACGACGAGCGCGUCCCAAAGAGAAGGACGACAAACGAUCAUCGCGGAGAGAAUCAUCUUCUCCCGUGGCUCUACAGAAAAAAUCCGUUGAAAGUCCAAAUGCCAACCGCCCACGGUCUGCCAAGGAGGUGCAAGUGAUGAAGGAGAAAAGACGUGAAAAAGAGAAGGCGCGCGAGAUGAGCCGGCCCAAGUCGUCUGCUCGUGAUGCUAGUGAUGCUCUCGCCAGCUCCGAUCAUGAUUCGGCACGUACCGACCCCGUCAAGCCUAAAACUGGCCUUUCUGCUCGUAGAGGCAGCGAGUCAAGUGGUGUGGCUCGAAGUGAAGAGGUGAAGAAGAGACGCCUCAUCGCAGGGCGACGCCCUCAGGAUCGUGACCGCAGACCGAGUCUCUUUUCGUCCGAUUCUCUUUCUGGUCGUGAGGAGACACCAAAAUCACGACACGAUACCCUUUCCGAAACCAACUCCUCCCUCAAGCGCAUCCGUGCAGACGACGCCUCCCCUCCCCGAUCUCGCUCUCGCGACACAGAAAGUGAUCGACUAUCACCCGAACGGAAAAAGAAACGACGCGUUGUUGCCGAAGAGAAGUCCGCAAAUAUGCCUAACGGUGACUCUAAGAAACAGGAGGAUGCAGGUGCCAGACGCAAACUUGGCCCUCCCUUGAAGAAACCAGACCCCCCUUCACACGCCCCGGAUGACGCACCGUCAGAAGAGAAUGGUGCAGUCAAGACCGAACCCCAGGAGCCCGCUGCAAGUUCAGUCGCUGAGGUACCCACAAACACAAAGCGCGAAGCUCAAGAAGCUGAGAAGCGUCGAGAGGCGGAGGCAAAGAAAGCCGAAGAGGAACGUGUGGCCGAAGCAAAACGUCGCGAAGAAGAAGAAGAAGCGGAACGUGAGGCCAAACGCAAGGCCAAACGCGAAGCAGAGCGUGAAGCCGAACGGGAAGCCGAACGUGAGGCGGAGCGUGAGGCGGAACGUGCUCGUCUUGCUAAGGAAGAAGCCGAUCGAGCUGCCCAAGCUGCCCGUGCUAAGGUCGAAGAAGAUGAACGCAAGCGCAAGGAAGCCGAGCAGCGACGCGUGAAACAAGCUGAAGACGAGCGCCAAAAGCGCAUGGAGCAAGAACGAGCUCGCCUUCUGAAGAUCCGUCGCGACCAAGAGGCCCUGGAGCAACGACGUCGGGAUGCUCUGCCAGGCCGCCUUCGCAUAUCCGCCAACUUCGUGGGCUCUAAUGAUCCCCGCGCUCGAAGUCAUUCCUGGCUUACGAACUUCAUGCCUCUCGUCACGGCGACUACCCGGCAACUCGAGCCCAACUGUGUCGGAGAGAUGGCGGAUGAGAAAUGGAUCCCGAAUUACUUGGUUGCACCCCUGCUGGCGACCAAUGACCUCCAACUCUCUCAAUGUGAGUGUCGUCUUUCCUUCUCCCACAAUGAUGAUAAAUUAACUAACCUCUUCCCCAUAGAUGCUAGCUGGGAGAAACGAAAUGCAACUGAAACUCAGCGCAUGAAUCUCUGGCGAUGCACCCGCCGGAUGCUGGUUUACACCGAUGACCCCAAAUACCGCAACGCAUCGUUCGGAGAGAUCAUGCAGCUGGAUUGCGACACACGGCCCAAGUACUUCGAAAUGGAGCAUAUUUUCUGGAUUCGACUUUCUGAUUUCACAGACCUCGUUCCACACAUUCCGCAUCUCAAUGGUCUCGACCUGAAUUUCCUCAGCAUGCAUAUCGACCCUGAGCCAUCGGAGGCUCCGACUGCGGUGGAAAACGCCCAAGUCAAUGGGCACCCCUCGGGCACCCCUGCGACCGAGACCAAUGGUUCCACAGGACUGAAUGGCCAUAGCUUGCCUCGGCCUGGUACAUACUUCUAG